AUGGUUCUCUUUGAUUUCAAAUCCGACAAGCACUUCGUUGCUUCCUCGGACAAGACGACCCUCAAAGUCUACGAGUUGACCAACCCUACCACUGUUAAUCCUUCCUCCAUCGGGAAGAAUCACUGGAAGGAAGUCGCCACCAUCACCGCCCCAGAGGAGGAGGAGGAGGAGGAGGAAUCUUACGACGGGCUGAUGUUCUUCGAUGGUCACGGGAGGAUCGAGGGACGGGAGGCGUUGACCAAGCUAGCCCAACACCUCACCCGACUGCAAUUGAGGGUCAGCCCUCAAGGGUUUUGUUUCCAGGAUGUCACCGGGUUAGGCGAGCACAAAGAGUUUGGGUUUCACUACCUCCGACUGAACGAUCUUUUCAACUGGCCGUAUCACGGUGUCAGAAUGCCAGGAAUCGCCACGUGGCGGCGCCUGGUGUUGGAGUACUCCGUACCGAAAGGGGAGAAGAAGCGGUCGUCGACGGCCGGAGGAGGCGUGAGCAAGAAGAAGUACGAGGAGUUGAAAAAAAUGGUCGAAGAAAGGGACGAAAAGAUACUGAAGCUGAGGGAGGAGAUGGAAGAACAAGAUUGGGAAUUGGAAAAGCUAAAAGAAGAGAGGGGGAAACACGAGCAGGAGCUGCGAGACCUGGAAAAGAAAAACGGCAAGGAGCUGCUGAAGCUGUCGAGGAAAAAAGACGGCGAGCUAGAAACGCUCAAGAGGGAGAAGGACGAGGAGCUGGAGGAUAAAACCGAGGAGAAGAAGUACGAGGAGUUGAAAAGAAUGAUCGAAGAGAGGGAUGAAAAGAUCGGAAAGAUGAGGGAGGAGAUGGAAGAACAAGAUUGGGAGAUGGAAAAGCUAAAAGAAGAGAGGGGGAAGCACGGGGUAGAGCUACGCGAGUUGGAGAAGAAAAAUGGCAAGGAGCUGCGGAAGCUGUCGAAGCAAAAAGAUGGCGAGCUAGAAACGCUGAAGAGGGAGAAGGACGAGGAGUUGGAGGGAAAAAAACGAAGUUACGAGGAGCUGAAAAAGAUGAUCGAAGCGAAGGAUGAAGAGUUGGGAAAGCUGAGGGAGGAGAUGGAAGAACAAGAUUGGGAGAUGGAAAGGCUAAAAAGGGAGAGGGGUAAGCACGCGACAGAGCUUCGCGAGUUGAAAAAGCGAACCGGCAAAGAGAUGCGGCAGCUGAGGGAGGAGAUGGAGGAACGAGAUUCGGAGAUAGAGAAGCUGAAAGAGGAGAGCGAAAAACACGAGCAGGAGCUGCGAGACUUGGAAAAGAAAAACGACAAGGAGCUGCGAAAGAUGCCGAAGAAAAAAGACGGCGAGCUGGAAACGCUCAAGAGGGAGAAGGACGAGGAAGUGGAGGACAAAAUUGACGAGCUAGAGACGUUGAGAAGAAUGUACGAGGAGCUGAAAAAGACGGUUGAAAAGAAGGACGAGGAGCUGGAGAAGCUGAGGGAGGAGAAAAAUGGCAAGGAGCUGCGGAAGCUGUCGAAGCAAAAAGAUGGCGAGCUAGAAACGCUGAAGAAGGAGAAGGACGGGGAGUUGGAGGAGAAAGACGAGGAGUUAGAGGCGUUGAGAAAAGAAAAGGACGGCGCAGCAAAGCUGAGCAAAGUGAAGGAUGAGGAACUGAAAAAACUGAGGGAGGAGGUGAAGAAUAUGAAAAGAGCUAAUAAGAAGGAAGAUGAAGCAGCAGUAGGCGAGAAGGGAAAGAUAACGAUAGACAGUGAUGAAUGGCAGAAGUUGAAGAAGGAUGCGGCGGAAAUGAGGCAAGAGGUAAUGAAGAAGGACGAAGAGAUGAAAAGAAGGCUAGAAAAAGUGGGAAAUGAUAACGAAGCAUUGCAGAAGCUUGCGAAUGAGAAGACCGCCGAGUCUCAGAAGCUAAGGAGUGAGAAGGAAGAAAUGAUGAAAGAGAAUGCAGAUGAAAUGCGAAAGCUGAAAGACCAACUGUUACAAGUUCCUCGCGAGCCCGAGCAACGUCCCAAGCAAUCAUGGGUGAAGACAACUACAACUAAAUUAGUGUCCCUUUCUUUCUGCAAUGACGACAUAAUAAGCAGAAGACGACCAGUACCCCGUGAUACUUUUUGCGUCGAUGAACGCAAAUCGAGUAAUUUCAACUACAAGCCAUAUCAAAAGGGGAGCGUGCCGUUCUUGUUUUACAGUUGGACAAGUGUGGUGGAUGAAGAUUCCAAAGAUUGGCCGCCUCCUCCCAAGAUGAAUGUGUACAGUUCUUCAGGCUCGUUCGACCAAGACAACUGGUGGCUUAUGAAGACGACUCACCUGAGUGAUGGCAGCUUGACGAUGAUGGCUUAUUACGACGGCAAUUUUCGAUGCUCUGUUUUCUCGGAGUAUAAUCACCCUAUCCGACUUCCCUAUUCGUGGGACAAUCGUUUAAUGGCAGGUACAUCUUUCUUCUUGGUUCACGUUGGACGGGAAUACAAGCUUGCUUUCAUGUACCGUGACUAG